UGGCGUCCCGCGACAACGUGGCGCCGCCUCACGACAUGGCGUCCCCCGACAACGUGGUGCUGCCUCGCAGUCACCCCACAACACGGCGCAGCCUCACAACACAACAUCGCCUCACACUCACCUCACAACGUGGCAUCACCUCAUGGCGUCCCGCGACAACGUGGCGCCGCCUCACGACAUGGGGUCCCCCGACAACAUGGCGCCGCCUCACGACACGGCGUCACCCCACAACGUGGUGACCCCUCACAACACGGUGUUGCCUCAGAGAGUCACCCCACAACGCGGCGCAGCCUCACAACACAACAUCGCCUCACACUCACCUCACAACGCGGCACCAUCUCAUGGAGUCCCCGGACAACGUGGCGCCGCCUCACAACAUGGCGCCGCCUCACGACACGGCGUCACCCCACAACGUGGUGACCCCUCACAACACGGUGCUGUCUCACAGUCACCCCACAACACGGCGCAGUCUCACAACACAACAUCGCCUCAGACUCACCUCACAACGCGGCACCAUCUCAUGGCGUCCCCGGACAACGUGGCGCCGCCUCACGACAUGGCGCCCCCCGACAACAUGGCGCCGCCUCACGCUAUGGCCGCACAGCCCAGUACAGCACCGCAUCCCCUCACAGCGCCACCUCAAGGCCUAACGCCAGCUCAGGUCACAGCCAGGCGGCACGGGGUGGCUGGGACACGUCCUCUCACCUCAGCCAGGGCGCAGCCCUGAGGGCACGGCAGGGACACCUGGCGCCCAGCCUACACCCCUGCUCUGAGGGUCAUCUGAGACACCACUGAAGGGAUUUCUUUUCCGAAGUAAAUUUCAGAGCAAAUGGAAGGAAAGUAGCGGGUUUCUGCUCCCUGGCCUACCUUUUUUCCUCCGUUGAAGACAGUUCCGUGCACGGUGCCCCUCAGCCCAGGGCCAUGCUGUGAGAUGAAGUGCCGGCCUGCAGCUGUGUGGGGCAGUGAUUAGUUACUGGGAUAGCGCAGCUGUGGAGUUGCUCCGUCUCUACAGGAAGAGGGGAAAUACUGUUUUUUUAUGAUCCAUUCUCAAAUGAAACUUCUUUUUUUCUUUAAUUUUCUGUGUGACUGAGGAACACUCUCCCAGGUCCUUCAAGUGCAUUGUCACCCCAGUGCUGCUCCCGCAUUACAGUGCAGGUUUAUAACAGCAGGAGCUGUGUGGAGAUGUGACAGUGCCAGUGCCACUGCCCCAGUGCUGUCCCAAGAGGGGCUGGGAGGUGAUGUUGCCACUGCACCAACAUGGCCCAUCCCGUGGCAAUUCAGGCUCAUGGCUCAGGUAAGACACUAGAUGGAGUAUGUCACAUUUUUAAUACUUUUUUUUUUUUUUUUUAAUCAAUCCUCUAAAGGACGAAUUGAAGAGCUAAGCAAAAGACAGUGGAAGCUCUGGCAGCAGGUGAGCCCACCAAAAUGGGGCUGCAGAGGCACAGGCUGCGUGCCCUGGCUCCAGGAAGGUGCUUGGUAUUCCUGGAAGGCCUGCAGGAGUGUGCUGCCAGCAGGCUCACCUGCCUGCUCCUCCCAGUAACAGAAACGUCAUAAAAUGUUUUCCUGGAAAAUAGCAGCAGGGAGCUGCUGCUCUUCAGCCCGGUCAGGGUGGGCUCCAGCUGUGUCAGUGAGAGCUGUGCUGAGCAGAGGUGAAGCUGACAAACCCAGCGGUAACUGCGAGUCAAUGUGAGGGGCAGCUGAGCCCUGGAGAGGUGCUGUGUCCCCCGCAGGGGAUGUUGGCACUGGCCUGGUCCUCAGCUCCACCACCUGGGUGACUCAGCCUGCUGCCCUCUGGGGACCGGGCUGCUUCUACCCAGGCCUGCAGGGCACAUCUUCCCCUGUUAUGUGCCAAGCAGUAGCCACACGUUCCUAAAUUACAGCCAAGGAAAUGAUUUUUCCUGCUGCCGAGGACAGAAGUGACCCAGCGUGCAGACAAAGCUUGCUGCACCACAGCUUUCUCCAAGGGCCACCAUGUUGAGGGGGGUGUCGGACCCAGUGAGGAACAGAACGCAAAUUAAUUUCACUCAGUGAUUGUUUACUGUCAUCAACAAACUCAACAGUUAGCAUCCAGCUGCAAAAUCUUCUUGGUGGAGCUGAGAAGGCAGAGGGUGAUUUUCAGCCACGAGUUUGAGCUUGCCAUACGAGUGGGAAAAAAGCUCUGCUCUGAGAUACAAAUGGAACAAAUUUUCUGGAGAAGGUAUGAACGUUGUCCCAUCCAAAGCUGCUCCUGCAGUCAGCCUGACCGAGCCACGCUUCAAUGUGAGCACACUGCAAAAUAGAGGGGCACUGAAGAUCUUGUCUCUUCCUCCUCUAGGAAAUUGCAAACUUCCAUUUCUUUAAUCUAAUCAUUUGCAGGAGGGAAUAUUUUCUCUAGAAAAACCAAUAUAAGAGGGCUGAAAGGUCGGAUGGGAUAAUAUGUAAUCCACGGUGAUAAGGGCUGUUUACAGAAUUAUUAAUCAAACACAAAAGGGAACAGAUAGUAACAUUUUUUAUUAAAUAUUACAGUGGAUCAAAAAGUACAAAAUAUCUUUUGCCUGCUAUGUGAUUGGGAAACUAUUGGCACAUAAUACAGUAUCAAAAGCAUUAAUAAGUACAAUUUGGAAAACAUACAAAAAUUGAGUGUUUAUAGUUGGCUCAGCUUUAUUUCUGGUAGUGUUUAAACUAACACAAAGGUUACUCAAUAACCUUUUAAAUGGGAAACUAUAUAAUAUUACUGGGCCAUUUUUUAUAUAUACAAAUCAUCACCUUACAGAGCAUAUAGGCUACAUAACUUGAAUCACAAAAAGUAUACAAUAUUUACAACAAAA